AAAGAUUCGGUUAGAAGAAAUGGACCUCGAUGAAACUAAUCCUUAUCGAUAAUAAAGAAAUUCGAAAACCAAAAUACUCGAUCGGAGAACCUCACAACGAACAACUCCAAACUCGAUAUUGAAUUCAACCGGACAGAUCGAAAAACCAUGACAAAACCUCACGAUGAAUAAUUCAUAAGCCCGAAUAAAACUCAUAAACAAACCAAGAUCUCAAAUUCGAAACCCCAAAUCAAUGAUUUUCAACUAUCCUUGCACGAAGAAAUAAGAAAUACCAGAUGAACCGAGACUGAAAUUAUGAAAAAUCGAGAAGACCCAUACGCAAAAUCUCGUCGGAGUCGAAGGGACGAGCUGCGGUCGGAGCUGGCCGACGCGCCGCGGCCGGAGCAGCGACUACUGACGGCGGAGCAGCAGCUGACUUGGCUUUCUUCUCCGGCGACGAUGGGGGUUUUGUUGGUGACGGCGGCGGCAGAUCUAGGCGGUGACGAGACAGAUCUGGAAGGCGGAGAAGAAGAGAGAUCACGGCCGACGCUAGUUCGCCGGAGGAGAAGAGAGAUCAC